GACAAUACAUCCAUUCGUCAGUUUUCGGGCGAGGAGGCAGCGCAGUUUGCUGUUUUAUUGAGCUGACUGCCUAAAAGUGAAAACUGUAAAAUGGCUACAACGGCUGCAACCCUUACGUCUCAACAGGCGGCAAAGCAGCAUGUCUUGGCAGUAUCCCGGGACUUUAUAUCCCAGCCCCGUCUGACUUACAAGACGGUGUCGGGUGUGAACGGACCCCUUGUCAUCUUGGACGAGGUCAAGUUCCCCAAGUUCUCCGAGAUUGUACAGCUCAGACUUGCUGAUGGCACCCUCCGCUCCGGACAGGUUCUGGAGGUCAGCGGCUCCAAGGCCGUCGUCCAGGUCUUCGAGGGUACAUCAGGUAUCGACGCCAAAAACACUCUGUGUGAGUUCACCGGCGAUAUCCUGCGUACUCCGGUAUCCGAAGACAUGUUGGGUCGUGUAUUCAACGGCUCCGGUAAGCCCAUCGACAAGGGACCCCCGAUCUUGGCUGAGGACUUCUUGGACAUCCAGGGACAGCCCAUCAACCCCUGGUCCCGUAUCUACCCUGAGGAGAUGAUCCAGACCGGUAUCUCCGCUAUCGACGUGAUGAACUCCAUCGCUCGUGGACAGAAGAUCCCCAUCUUCUCGGCCGCUGGUCUGCCCCACAACGAAAUCGCCGCCCAGAUCUGUAGACAGGCCGGUCUUGUCAAGAUCCCCGGCAAAUCAGUGUUGGACGACCACGAGGACAACUUCGCCAUCGUGUUCGCCGCUAUGGGUGUGAACAUGGAGACCGCCAGGUUCUUCAAACAGGACUUCGAGGAGAACGGUUCCAUGGAGAACGUGUGCCUGUUCUUGAACUUGGCUAACGACCCUACCAUCGAGAGAAUUAUCACCCCGCGUUUGGCUUUGACUGCCGCCGAGUUCUUGGCUUACCAGUGCGAGAAACACGUGUUGGUCAUCUUAACCGACAUGUCCUCAUACGCCGAGGCUCUGCGUGAGGUGUCCGCCGCCCGUGAGGAGGUACCCGGACGACGUGGUUUCCCAGGUUACAUGUACACCGAUUUGGCCACCAUCUACGAGCGUGCCGGACGUGUCGAAGGCAGGAACGGAUCCAUCACUCAGAUCCCCAUUCUUACUAUGCCUAACGACGACAUCACCCAUCCUAUUCCCGAUUUGACCGGUUAUAUUACUGAGGGACAGAUCUACGUAGACCGUCAGCUCCACAACAGACAGAUCUACCCGCCAGUCAACGUGCUGCCUUCCCUGUCGCGUUUGAUGAAGUCCGCCAUCGGUGAGGGCAUGACCCGCAAGGACCACUCUGACGUGUCCAACCAGCUGUACGCUUGCUACGCCAUCGGUAAGGACGUGCAGGCCAUGAAGGCCGUGGUGGGAGAGGAGGCGCUCACGCCCGACGACUUGCUCUACCUCGAGUUCCUCACCAAGUUCGAGAAGAACUUCAUCUCUCAGGGUAACUACGAGAACCGCACAGUGUUCGAGUCCCUGGACAUCGGCUGGCAGCUGCUGCGUAUCUUCCCCAAGGAGAUGUUGAAGCGUAUCCCCGCCUCCAUCCUCGCCGAGUUCUACCCGCGUGACUCCCGCCACUAAGCGGCACUCGGACCCCACAGCCUGGACUGUGACGUCACAGGUCACGCGCACGACCAACACCGUCGUCAGAAACGUUUCAAAUGUCCACGCCGGUUAGAACUCCGACCAUGAUAUUCUUGUAAGAUAAAAUACUGUUUAAUAGUAAGUUGUUAAUAGUUUAUUAUAAUGUGUAUUACAUACAUGUAUUAUGAUCAUGUGCAAAAUUAUAUAAAUGCGUUUAAAUCGUAAGUUACAGCCAUCGUAAUGCUGAUUAACUAAACCGUCUUGUGUAUAUAUUUUCCAACAUAUAUCGUAGAAUGUACUGAGCGGUUAAAUUAUUAUAUUUUUGAAUAGAUGCCAUUACAUUUCUUUAUUUUGGUGCUUCGAACACAGUAUAAAAAUGUAUUUAAAACUAAAAAAGUUAUUUUGUGCACAAAUUGUUGACAUGUGUUCAAAUUAUGUGUAAUAAUCAAAAUCUGUUGUAAAUCAAAAUGUUACUAUUUAUUAUGUGAUAUCGCUUGAACUUGUGGUGUGACAUAUAUUUAUGUAAAUAUAACAAUAGCCCAGUAACAAAGUGUUACAUUCCAAAUUGAGUUUCUUGUUCACUGCGAAGCUAGAUUCUGUAUUCAGCGAUAACAAGUGAAUUAGGAUACUGUUGUUUUCAAUGGAAAUAAAAUAUAGAAAGUUA